GCACGACCCGGGGCAGAGCGGGGCUCUCCGCCCGCCUGGGAGAAGAUGCACCGCCCCAGCGAGCGGCGUCGGGCUCCACGACCGAGGCGGUGGCAAUAAACCACCAGCACCCCUUUGCCUGGCCCCUCAGUGCCUUGAUUAACCCCGCGGAUGAGCCUCGGCUUCCCGAAAGCUUCCACGCUGGUUUUCCUGAGGAUGAGGCAGCCUCACCCCUGGCGGAGAGGCGUGGGGGCAGUUCUCGCUUCUGCCUUCUUUCUCCUGGGCUGCUGGGGUCUCUCUGAUUUCCAGCAGCAAUUUCUUCAGGCUUUGGAGCCGGAGGAAGUGACUUCUUAUUUUGGCCCUGAAGCUACUUUAAAAGUGCCUCCAUUCGAUGUGGCCCCUCUCAGCUGCAGCUGUGAAGAGGGGUCCCAGGGGCCUCCCUGCAGGGCCCCACGCUGCUCCCUGCGCGCCUGGGGCCGGCUCUUCACCAUCUCCUUCCCGCUGGAGCGGAGGCUCCUUACCCCCUCCUUCACCAGCGAGCACGUGCUGAACGCCUCCCUCCGGCUCCUGAGGAGGCCGCCCCAUCUCUGCUUCACGGGAGGCCGCCCCCUGCUGCCCCUGGGUGCCGUGGCCAGAGUCACUUACUGCUCGGGCCACUUGGAGGGCAACAUCCUGGUGGGUGCGGACAGGUUCUACAUCCAGCCGGUGAGGAGGCAGCACUGGGAGCUUGUGCCUCCCUGGGUUCGUUCCCAGCCCCACCUGAUCCACAGGCCUGUACCCAAGGCCCCCACAGCCCCCAAGGCCCCAGAAGUCAUCCAAGGCCGUCCUCCUUCCCCCCGCGUCCGGAGAUGGGCUGCCGGGAGUGUCCUGCACCUGGAGUUGCUGGUGGUCGUGGGCCCCGACGUCUAUCAGGCUCACCAGGAGGACACUGAGCGCUACGUGCUCACUAACCUCAACAUGGGGUCAGAGCUGCUGAGGGAUCCGUCCCUGGGGGCUCAGUUCCGAGUACAUCUAGUGAAGAUGGUCAUCCUGACCCAGCCCGAGGAUGCUCCGAAUAUCACAGCCAACAUCACUGCGUCACUGCUGAGUGUCUGUGAGUGGAGCAGGACCAUCAACCCCGAGGAUGACACAGAGCCCGGGCAUGCUGACCUGGUCCUCUACAUCACUAGGUUUGACCUGGAGUUACCUGAUGGUAACCGGCAGGUUCGGGGGGUCACACAGCUGGGGGGUGCUUGCUCGUCCUCUUGGAGCUGCCUCAUCACUGAGGAUACUGGCUUUGACCUGGGGGUCACCAUCGCCCAUGAGAUUGGGCACAGCUUGGGCGUGGAGCACGACGGUGCACCCGGCAGCGGCUGCGGGCCCAGCGGCCACGUGAUGGCGUCCCAGGACGCAGCGCCCACCGGUACCGACCUCUCCUGGUCCGCCUGCAGCCGCCGGCAACUGCUGCACCUGCUUAGCGCAGGACGGGCGCACUGCAUGCGGGACCUUCCAGAGCCGCAGGCCAGGGCCACGGGGCGCCCUCCCCAGGCGCAGCCUGGCCUCCUCUACGGCGCCGACGAGCAGUGCCGGAUUGCCUUUGGUGCUGCGGCUGUGGCCUGCACCUUCACCAGGGAGCACGUCGACAGGUGCCAGGCUCUGUCCUGCCACACGGACCCCCUGGACCAAAGCCACUGUAGCCGUCUCCUCACCCCUCUCCUGGACGGCACAGAGUGCGGCGUGCAGAAGUGGUGUUCCAAGGGUCACUGCCGCUCCCUGGCGGAGCUGAGCCCUGUGGGGGUGGUGCACGGGCACUGGUCUAGCUGGGGUCCCCCCAGCCCUUGCUCCCGCUCCUGCGGAGGAGGUGUGGUCACCCGGAGGCGGCAGUGCAACAACCCCAGGCCUGCCUUCGGAGGGCGUGCGUGUGUGGGCGCUGACCUCCAGGCUGAGAUGUGCAACACCCAGGCCUGUGAGAAGACCCAGCUGGAGUUCAUGUCUGAGCAGUGCUCCCAGACGGACAGGAAACCGCUACACCUCUCCCCGGGCAACGCCUCCUUCUACCACUGGGGCUCCGCGGAGCAGUACCGUCAAGGGGAUGCUCUGUGCAGACACAUGUGCCGGGCCAUUGGCGAGACCUUCAUUGUGAGGCGUGGGGAUAGUUUCCUGGAUGGGACCCGGUGUGUGCCAAAUGGUCGGCGGGAGGACGGGACCCUGAGCCUGUGCGUGUUGGGCAGCUGCAGGACAUUCGGCUGUGACGGCAGGAUGGACUCCCCGCAGGUGCGAGACGUGUGUCAGGUGUGCGGAGGGAACAACAGUACAUGCAGCCCGCGGAACGGCUCUUUCACGGGCGGCAGGGCCAGAGAGUAUGUCACGUUCCUGACCGUGACCCGCAACCUGACCGGCGUACACAUCACCAAUCGGAGGCCUCUCUUCACACACCUGGCAGUGCGGAUCCGAGGGCACUACGUCGUGGCUGGGAAUUCCAGCAUCUCUCCCAGCACCACCUACCCCUCCCUCCUGGAGGACAGCCGUGUGGAGUACAGAGUGGCUCUCACCGAGGACCGGCUGCCUCAGCUGGAGGAGAUCCGCAUCCUGGGACCCACCCAGGACGACGUGGAGAUCCAGGUUUACAGGCGCUACGGGGAAGAGUAUGGUGACCUCGUGCGCCCAGACAUCACCUUCACCUACUUCCAGCCUCAGCAGCCACAGGCCCGGGCAUGGGCCGCCGUGCGCGGGUCCUGCUCGGUGAGCUGUGGGGCAGGGCUGCGCUGGGUGACCUACAGCUGUCUGGACCAGGCCAGGAAUGAGUGGGUGGAGGCCGCCCGGUGUGAAGGGAGCCAGCAGCCGGCAGCGUGGCCAGAGUCCUGCGCCCCCUGGCCCUGCCCCCCACAGCAGGAGGGAUCAGACGUGUGCUCAUCAGCCUGUGGAACAGACCCGGCUUCACAGAAUAGGACGUGUGUGCGCGGGGCAGAGGGCCUGGAGGCACUGACCACUGCUGGGCCCUGCUCCUCAGACGAGAAGCUGCCUGCCCUUGAGCACUGUGUGGCCAUGGCAUGUCCUUCGGUACCGGGCCAUCCAGAACCCCAGUCUCUGGAGGAGGAGGAGGCCACAUCUGCACCAGGCAGUGCCAGGCUGGGGGCUCAUGCCGCACACAUGUGGACUCCCCUGGCGGGGCCGUGCUCUGCCUCCUGUGGUCGAGGCCUGAUGGAGCUGCGCUUCGUGUGUGUGGACUCUACCCUGGGGACCCCUGUCCAGGAAGAGCUAUGUGACUUGGAGAGCAAGCCUGGGAGCCGGCGGGAGGCCUGCCAGGCUGCCCCUUGCCCGGCUUGGUGGGAGACCCGAGCCUUGGCACCAUGCCCAGUGACCUGCGGAGGGGGGCGGGUGCCACUAGCUGUUCGCUGCGUGAGGCUGGACCACGGCCACCCUGUCCCCCUGCCUCACUCCGAGUGCUGGCGGGUGCCCAGGCCCCGCCCUGUCCAGGACUGCAGUCCGGAGCCCUGCCCUGCCAGGUGGAAAAUCAUGUCCCUUGGCCCAUGCUCAGCCAGCUGUGGCCUUGGCACGGCCACACGCUCCGUGGCCUGUGCGCAGCUCAGCCAAGGCCAGGACGUGGAGGUGGAUGGGGCAGCCUGUGCGGCUCUGGUCCGGCCUCAGACCAGCAUCCCCUGCAUCAUCGCCGACUGCACCUACCGGUGGCAUGUCAGCACCUGGACGCAGUGCUCUGUCUCCUGUGGAGAUGGCAUCCAGCGCCGGCAUCACGCCUGCCUUGGACCCCAAGCCCAGGCACCCGUGCCGGCCGCCUUCUGCCGGCAUUUGCCCCAGCCAGCCACGGUGCGGGGCUGCUGGGCCAGGCCCUGUGCCGGGCAGGGGACUCCCAGUCCGGCACCCCGUGACGAAGCCACUGCUCCAGAGCAUGCCACUGCUGGUGCUCCUCUGGAGUGGCCCCAGCGCCAGGCCCACCUCCUCUCCCCAGCCCCCCGGCUUCAGGGGCUUCUGCUUGGGCCCCAGGAGAGCCCCGCUGAGUCCAGUGCCUGCGGCCGACAGCACCUUGAGCCAACAGGAACCAUUGACAUGAGAGGCCCAGGGCAGACUGACUGUGCGGUGGCCAUCGGGCGGCCCCUGGGUGAGGUGGUGACCCUUCACGUCCUCGAGAGCUCCCUCAGCUGCAGUGCUGGGGACAUGUUGCUGCUUUGGGACAGGCUCACGUGGAGGAAGACAUGCGGGAAGCUGUCUGGCAUGACUUUCAGCUCCAAAACGAACACGUUGGUGGUGAGGCAGCGCCGUGUGCGUCCGGAAGGCGGGGUUGUGCUGCGGUACAGGAGCCAGCCUUCCUCGGGAACCCCCCACAGAGACUGUGACAUGCAGCUCUUUGGACCCUGGGGUGAAAUCGUGAGCCCCUCGAUGAGUCCUGAUGGGAGCAACUCGGGGGGCUGCCGCAUCUUCAUUAAUGUGGCCCCACAGGCCCGGAUUGCCAUCCAUGCCCUGGCCACUGAUGUGGGCACGGGAACUGGUGCCAGCUACAUCUCGAUCCGGGAUAUCCACAGCCUGAAGACGAUGACAUUUCACGGGCAGCAGGCACUCUACUGGGAGUCAGAGGGAAGCCAGGCUGAGAUGGAGUUUAGCCAGGGCUUCCUGGAGGCCCGUGCCAGCCUACGGGGCCAGUACUGGACCCUCCAAUCUAGAGUUCAGGAGCCUGGCUGGGCCGUGUCCUAGCUUUUUCUCCAAGCACAUACCUCCAGGGACCUGUGGGCACAGUGGGAUGCCUCCUCUAGACCCUGGAAGAGAAAAGAAGGAGCCUGACAUUUAUGAGCACCUGUUAGGUGCCCGGCGAGCCCCAGAGGGUUGGCUCUGGUCUCUUGAGUGCUUUCCAGUUUGGAUUUCCUCCAAUCUUUAAGUGUCUCCUUUAGGACCUCCUACAACAUGCAAAAGGCAGGCGGUGGAAAGUAAGGGACUGGACUCUCUGGAAAGGCAGUCUCCAGCCUCUGUACCAAUAAACGGAAUGUGCAG